GAAUGUUCUGUGGCACACAUUUCAUUUGCGAACUCAGGUUGGGAAAUUUAAAUCAUAAAUGCUUUCGUGUCAUUGUGCUUGCCGUGUUAUAUUAAUUUCGUGUUAAAUUUAGUUUAAAUAGUGUAAUAUAGUUAAUUAAAAAUGAAUUUACGAACAAUUUUAUUCAUCUUCACUGCGUGCCUUGCAACCUCUUUUGGAAGUGAUGAAGAUGGAGCCAGACUUUUAGUAUCCAAACAAAUAUUGAACAAAUAUCUUGUAGAAGAUAUGGACGUUGUUGUUAAAUACACUUUGUACAAUAUUGGAAGUUCGCCCGCUGUCAAUGUACAACUCACUGACCGUGGAUUCCACCCAGAAGUCUUCAAUGUUGUAGGUGGCCAAUUAUCAGCUACUAUUGAUCGCAUACCACCUCAAAGCAAUGUAACACAUGUUGUUGUUGUAAGGCCUAAAAAGUUUGGAUAUUUCAACUUCACAGCUGCUGAAGUUAAUUAUAAGACCUCUGAAGAAGCUACUACGGUUCAAGUUUCCAUCAGCAGUGAGCCUGGAGAAGGUGGAAUUGUAGCAUUCAAGGAUUACGAUCGUAAAUUCUCAUCUCAUGUACUUGAUUGGACAGCUUUUGCUGUUAUGACUCUUCCCUCAUUAGUUAUCCCGUAUGCUUUAUGGUAUUCAUCUAAGACGAAGUAUGAAAAACUCUCCAAACCCAAGAAACAUUAGUUUGUAAAUCUUGUAUAAAUGUGACUCAUUUAUUUUUCUUUUUUCAUUUACAAACUGGACACAAGUGAGUUUGAAAGUUUGACAUAUAAAUUUUGUAUGUUGAUGAAUCAUUACAUAUAUUUAUUGUAGUUUUUACUUAUACUUGAGUUAAGGUUUGUCCAUAUUUUUAAAUAAAAGUUUGAA